AUGGCGCUGAGCCCGGUGAUGGGGAAGCUGGUGGGGCAGCGGGUGGUCUUGGCCAGCGCCUCCCCCCGCCGCAGGGACAUCCUCUGCAACGCGGGCCUUCGGUUUGAGGUGGUCCCGUCCAAGUUUAGAGAGACGCUCGACAAAUCGUCCUUCGAGGCGCCUUACAAGUACGCGGUGGAGACGGCCAAGCAGAAGGCCCUCGAAGUGGCUCACAGACUGCACCGGAAAGACUUUAGGAGUCCGGAUGUGGUUAUAGGAGCAGACACCAUCGUGGCAGUGGAAGGGCUGAUUUUGGAGAAACCAGUUGAUAAGCAAGAUGCGUACAACAUGCUUUCAAGGCUGAAUGGGAGAGAACACAGUGUGUUUACAGGGGUUGCCAUCGUUCGCUGCAGCAGCAAAGAUAAAGAACUCACAACCCAAGUGUCCCAGUUCCACGAAGAGACAACCGUGAAGUUCUCAGAGCUGUCCGAGGAGCUGCUCUGGGACUACAUCCACAGCGGAGAGCCCAUGGACAAGGCCGGCGGGUAUGGAAUCCAGUCCCUCGGGGGCAUGCUGGUGGAAUCCGUCCAUGGAGACUUCCUCAACGUGGUGGGCUUCCCUCUCAACCGCUUCUGCAAGCACCUGGCGGCCCUGUACCCGGCCCCAAGACCCCCGGCCCCACCUGGAGGAAUCCCUGAGACCCUAGAGCGGGAAGAGAGCAGUUCCAGCCUCCAACCCGCCGUGUCCUCGGACUGUCAACGGCCCCUGCGAGAGGAAGGGCAAUCCGGAUUCCCCACCGUCCUCCUGGACCUCAUUGACGGCUUCCGGGCCUCUAAGGCCCUGUUCGUGGCCUCCAAACUGAAGCUGUUCGAUCUGCUGAGCGGCGGGAGCGUACUGGACGCCUCAGAGGUGGCCCGGGAGACCAACGCAUCCACUCAAAGGACCGAGGGGCUCCUCCAGGCCUGCACCGCCUUGGGGCUUCUCCACAAAACCCAACGAGGCUACAGCAACACGGAACUGGCCAACGCGUACCUGGUGUCCGACAGCGACCGCUCGCUUCAUGGCUACGUCGUCCACUCGAACGACUAUUUCUGGCCGGUCUUUACGCACUUGGAAUCGGCCAUCAGAGGCGGGCCCGGUGAGACACGAGAUCCGCUUCAGGAUGACAGCGCAGAGGCCAGAGGCCGCUUGAUGAGCGCCAUGCACUGGACGGCCCGGCUGGCGGCGGGGGACGUGGUCACCGCCUUCGAUCUGUCCCGCUUCCGCUCCGCCUGUGACCUAGGAGGUUGCACCGGGGCUCUGGCCUGUGCACUUCGACAGAAUUAUCCCAGCCUGGAAGUGACAGUGUUUGACCUCCCAGAGAUCAUCGAAAACGUUUCCGCCUUUUAUCCGGGUGGACACCAACCACCGGGAAUCACGUUCGUGUCGGGUGAUUUCUUCCACGACGCUCUCCCCGAGGCCGACCUUUACAUCCUUUCGAGAAUCCUGCGGGAUUUGUCCGAGGACCAAAUCCAGACGUUAUUAAGCCGAAUAUCGGCUGUGUGUAAGCCAGGCGGCGGUCUCUUGGUGGUGGAAAUGUUGCCGGAUGAGGAGAGGAGCCCGCGCCGCCCAGCCCGCGCCGCCCUCCACCGCCUCGGCGGGGGCCCGGGCCCUGGCCCGCUCCCGGCCCGCGCCCACUACGCUCGCCUGCUGGCCCCCCACGGCUUCGCCCACCUGCAAGUCGGGGGCACCGGGAGCCUACUGGAUGCCCUCUUGGCCUUGAAGACCACCUGCCGGCACUGAUGGAGACUGGUGGAGGGGAGGGGGCCGGAGGAGAGGGGUGGUCACUGCCCGUUGUGACCGAAAGGUAAACUGCUCAGCCGGUGGAGUCAUUUACCUGAGGGGAAAAAAGACCCUUGGGAGUCUUAGGGAAUGUGUCUGUUCUAUUGGACUCCCCCCCAGCACUUACUACAGUGCUCUGUAAGCGCUCAGU